UCCCUGCCCCUCCCUCUACGGGCGGAGCCGCUUUAGGGCUAAGCAGGUGACUUUUUCCAUACACAGUCAACACCUUGACAGCGUAGAAGCCGCAGUUGGAAUUGCAGUGCACGAUUGGUCGAUAGCCUAUAUCAAAAAUGUCUCCGAAAAAUUUUAAGCUGACUUGUGAAGCUUUGAAUGAAGAGAAAACAUUUACCUCAGGAGAUACCAUCAGGGGCACGCUAACUUUCACUUUGACCGAAGACACCAAAGUGAAAAGUCUAGGUGUUAAAGUCAAAGGGUACGCGCACGUACACUGGACGGAGGGAGCUGGAGAUAGAAGGACUACAAAAUCUAAAAUCAAGGAGUACUUGAAAGUUAAACAAUCCAUUGUUGAAAAGAAUUCCGACGGCACUGUGCUUCCGAAAGGAGACCAUUGCCAUAAAUUCAGUCUCAACAUACCACUGAGUGACCUGCCGUCAUCCUUCAAGGACCUUCAUGGAAAGGUUGUCUACACACUAAUAGCAAGGAUGUCCAGGAGCUGGAAGAUGCCUUUGGUGGAAGAACAGGAGCUCAAAUUUCUGUCAAACUCCUUUGCAAACAUUGCCCAGUGCCCCGUCACUGCUUCAUUGGAAAAAGGAAAGGUCCAAAUGUCUGCUACUGUUGACAAAAGGAUUUGCUGUCCAGGUGACACUUUAUCUGUUGUUGCCAAAGUCUGCAAUUCCUCCUCCAAGAAAAUGAAGCCCAAAUUUAGCUUGAUGCAGAAAAUAGUCUACCGUGCCCAUGUCUCCACUAAGCACAGUUAUCGAACUUAUUGCAAAGAGGUUGGGGAAACUAUUGCAUCCGACUCAAACGAAACCGUCUCCUGCAAGCUGACCGUUCCUGUUGAUGCCGUAUACACCAUGAACAAUUGUGAAUUGAUCACAAAUGAAUAUUUUGUCCAGGUGUAUUUGGACAUCCGUUUUGCCAUUGAUCCAGAGGUAGUGCUUCCCGUGGUUGUUGUUCCUGCUAAAUGUGCUUCCCGUAAGCACGAUGAAUCUAUGGGUCCUUACCUAUCUGGGCCUGUUGGUGCCCCUGGUCACAGUGACUUCCCUCCUCCAGCCUUCCCUGUGGGACCUUAUCCUGUACCUGUAGGUCCAAGUGCUCCACUUCAGCCUGGUCAGACUCUGGGGCCCUACCCAGCUGGGGCUGUUGGUGCACAAGGUUACAGCAACUUCCCUCCCCCAGGACCUUAUUCUGCACCCACAGGCCCAGGCACUUAUGGAUAUCCAGCACCACAUCCCGCACAACCUGCCCCCACAACAUUUGGCUUUAAUAAUCAGUGGCCACAACAGGCUCCUCCUUAUGGUUAUCCAGCUGCAGCUUUCCCAACAUCUUCAGUGCAGCCCCAAGCCCCUGCUGCUCAGCCUCAGUUUCAGCAGGGAGAAACCCCUCCAACCUAUAUGUCCCUUUUCCCCCCUCCUACUUAAAAAGCACAGAUGAUAAAAACUGAACUACCUAAAGAAUGCUACACUGCUAUUGAAGGGGGCAUUGGAGCUACUGAAAAUGAACUAAAUGUUUAAUAUUGCUAUAGCUUAAACCGUUGUUUUCAUUUGCAUAUUUUAGGGUCAUAUACAGGAAAUAUUGAAGAUGUAUAGUGUUUAAGUUCUAUUGUGAUACCAUCGUGAUCUGUCUAUGUUCAUCAUUCAUCCAAGGGUUUUGUUAGGAUGAAGGAUUGAGAUAAGUAAAAACUUCACUUUGUACUUUUAAUUAAUAUGUUUAUGCACUCAUUCAUAUCCAUUCUACUAACUUUCUCUUAUACAUUUCUCCUAAACUAGAUCAUAGUGGAGGUCAAUGGAUUUUUUUUUAAACAGUUAACCUCACCACAAUCAAGCACAGAGAAAGGGAACAUAUUUUCUUUGUAGGCUGUACCUAUCUGUGGCUGUAAACCAGAACAUUUCUUAACACAGUUAUCCUAGCUGGAUAGUUUACAUGCUACGUACUACGGGUGAGCGUUUUGCAUCAUUUCCUGUUCUGUUCUCCGCUGUACUGUGUUGUUCAGUUCAUUAUGCCUAGUUUCUUACGACUUACAACAACGUUGUUACGUUGUUUCUAACACACUGUACAUCCAUUAUUCAUAUCCACUUCAUUAUUUAUUUUCUACGUGCGAGCUUCAAAAAGACUAUUGUGAAAACAACAGAUGUUUGCAAAGGAAAGUUAUUCUAAACCUUUUCCUGGUUUACACCAUCUGACAUAUAACAUUCUUAAAAUAAAAAUAGUUUAAUAGAG